AUGUCGUAAUAGAAAAAAAAAGGAACUUCAGUGAAUGAGUCAGCAUCUUCAGCUAGUAAAUAAAAAGGAACCCAUUCAAAUGAAAAUUCUGCAAAAAAGGAUAGAUAAAUAUAUUCAUCUGAAGAAUAAGAUAUAUAAAAAUCAAGCAAUGUUCUUCAAAAUAACUCAGAUGGGUAAAAUUAGACCAAUCAAGAAAGCCAUUUAAAUACUGCAAGCAAUAUAGUUUAUAUAGAUCCUUAAGUUGUUUAUCCAUCUUCUGAGAAAAACCCAAUAGAGAAUAUCAAUACACCAAUUUUUGAAAAUUCAAUAUGGCUUAACAAAACAGGUUAAAAAAAGAAAGCGAGUGUUUAUCCAACAAAAAGAUGGGGACACACUUCAGUUGUCUACGAAAAGUAUUUAUAUGUUUAUGGAGGCUGUGGCAAAUAGCAAGACUGUUCUAAGACUAUGCAAAUAUUUCGCUUAGAUUGCGAGACUUAUGAAUGGAAUAAAGUAGAAUACACUACUGACGUGAUUCCAGAUUCAAGAGAUUCUCACACAGCCAAUGUGAUAAAUAAUAAAAUGUGGGUGUUUGGAGGAUCUAAUUCUGAGCUUCUUUUUAAUGAAUUUUGGACUUUUGAUUUAUAGAAAAAUGAAUGGUUAAACCCAUCAUCUCUUAUUAAAGGCGAAAUCCCUUCUCCAAGAGAAGGUCAUGCCUCAGCAGUUCUUUAAGAUAGAUAUUUAGUCAUUAUUGGAGGAUUCAACUCAGAGAUCGAGCAGAUCUAUUAGGACGUGUAUGUUAUAGAUACAAAGAACAAGACUUCUAAAAAUAUAGGUACAAUCAGAAUGCCUGUCAGAGAAAGUUAGUCUGUUUGUGUUAUUGAUGAUAAUAUUUAUUUAUUCGGAGGAUAGGGAUAUAAUGAAGAGUAUUACAAUGAUUUACAUAGAUUGAAAAUCGAAAAUAUUAAAAAAAAUCCUUCAUUGAAUGUAGAAGAAAUUAAAACUAAAAGCGAGUUUGUUCCUUCAAAGAGAUCAUCACACUCAGCUGUUGCAUUCCAAAAUCGUUAUAUUUUUAUAAUAGGAGGAGAGCAGGGCGAAUAAGACCCAAACAACAUGCUUAUACUUAAUGAUAUAUGGGUAUACGAUACUAGGAUGAAUUUCUGGCAUGAAAUCAAAGCAAAAUGCUAAAAGGGAGUAUAAUUUAGGGGAAGAUUUGGUUUUUCUGCUUCCUGCUACAAAGAUAAAAUAAUUGUAUAUGGUGGAAUGUAAAAUUAAAAUAUUCUGCUAGAAGAUAUUAUGGUCCUUCACUUGAGAGAUGAUUCCAAAUAAUUUUUAGUUGAAGAAAGAAGUUAGUGUUCGAUGUGUGAUUCAAUUUGUGGACUUACAUUAAAUGGACAUAUUCUGAAAAAUGACAUGCUUUUUGAUAAAAGACAAAGAGAUUUAUUUUUUUAACAAGCUCGUUAAGCGCAUUUACCUUCUUAGGCACUUUCUUUUCAUGAUAUAGAAAAUUCAUAGAAUGUAAUUUAGAAUAAAAAUCCACAAGAAUGCUGGCGCUAUACCGAAGAUAGCUUAAUAAAAUUACCUUAUACCAAUUCCUAGCUUGCUAUGAAAUUUAAGUAUCUCUCUAUUGAUUUUUUAAAAAGUUUAGCAAACAUGAUUUCCUCUCCAUUUUAAGCGAUUGCUCUACUAUUCAACUUCUUGUUUUCGUUGAAUGAUUAAGUUUAUAUUGAGUUUAAAGAUAACACAGAUUCUUCCCUCCUUUUAUACUAAAAUAAAUAAGGAGCUAACUCUAAGGAUUUUUUAAAAUACGUUUAUUCUUUUUCACAUACAAGAUUCUUAGAGUAUGACAGGUUCAAUAAAGACAGAGAGCCCUAUAUGAAAGAAAAUGAUAGGUUAAUAACAAUUUCAGAGUUUUCUAAUUAAAUCAAAAUUGCAGGAUGCAGAUUAGGAGAAUAAAUUAUUUUACAAUCGAGACAUUUAAAUACAUAUAGUAUAGGUGUUAUCAAUUUUAGCAAUAAGCAAAGUAAUGAAGCAGUUGAGAAUGUCGAACAAAACAUGAUUGAAUCCUUCUAUUAUAGCUAUGAUGAAUAAAAUAAAAAAUUUGUCUCACAAGAUGGAGAAUAAAUGAAAGCAAUAAUUGAUAAAUUAGUUGAUAAAUAAUAUGUCGAUUUCCAUAAAGAAGAAAACGAUAUUACUUAAGGUUUUUCAAUCAGGAUAAGAAAUCUAAGUAGAAUCUCUGAUUUAAAAUCUGAUUAUUCAUCUUCAAAUUAACAAGAAAAGAACGAAAUUGUAUAUCAAUCUUCGGUUAAUGAUUUGGUCCUUAAUACUCCUUCAUUUAUUGAUCCAAAUGAAAUCAAGUCUCUGAAUCAAACAAUAGAUUAUUCAUUUAAAUAAUUUGCAAAAUACUUUUACUACAACCCCAAUUAAACAAAGGAGUUAUUUUUAAAUGAUGAAAAAAUUGAGUUUUAAAGCUAUGUGUCUUCCCUUUAAACUAUACCCUCGCUUUUGAAAAUUGAAAAUAAUGAUAACCAACAGUACUUAGAGCAAAUAGGUGAUCUUCAGCUAUUUACAUAAAACCCCGAUAAUACAAAUGAGGAUUCAAACAAAGCGCUAAAUGGCUGCUUAGCUUAUUAUGAUAAUAAAUUUGUAUUCAGAUUUGGUUCAGAAACAUAAGUUGGAUUUCCUAGUUUUUUAAAAAUAUACAACAAAUACAUUGAUAAAAAAACAAUUUAUAAUGUUCAUGGUACUCUAGUUCUAUAAGACUUCUUAAAACCAAAUAUAGUAUAUAAUUAAAUAGAAAAUCAGUUUUUAGAUGAGAUAUUUUAAACUAAAAUAAAAAAAAUAAUUAAAGAUGCUUGCUCUUCCUUAAAAAGGAAAGGUGACGACUCAAUAAACAAGUUCCAGCCUUCAAUUAAAAAACAACCAAAACUAAAUGAAUAAAAAUGA